GGCCCUUUGGCUUUUCCUUCGUUUCGCGAUCGCCCACCUUUCUGUGGAACUCGCAAUGCAAGCAGCGGCUAGCGCUCUGCGGAGUCUUCGGGAGAAGGGCGCGCCGGGAAGGGACGAGCCAACUGUGGCGCUGGGGUGGGAGGACCAAGAGCUCCACCAAAGGCUGCUGCAGGAUGUGGUGGUCUGUGAGGGCCUCACGCAGUUCGCCAAGGACUUUGUGAGGUGUCUCAGUGGGCACCUGGAGCUGGUGGAUCAGUUGCUGGCAGUGCUGCGGGCCAUGGACGGCGGCCUGGAGGCCGCUCAACGUGAGGCAGAGGCGCAGGUGUGGGCGCUGGCAACAGGCGUCAAGGCCACAGCGCCGCGGGUGGCGACGGAGGUGAAGAGGCAGAUGACCCAGCUUCAGCACAUCCGCAGCUCCACGGAGAAGGUCUUCGAUCUUUUGGAGCAGAAGCGAAGCGCCCUACAAGAGAGGGAGCACUACCGGCUGAAGGUGGAUUCUUUGCGGAAGGAGUUCACGGAAAGGGAGCGGCAGGGCAAGGGCAACUCCAGGGAACAGCUCCACAAGCUGUCCCGGAACCAGGAGAAGUUGGCCUAUGCUGAAGCAGAGCUUUCGGAUGCAGCCAGCCUCUCUGGCAAAAGGACGCAGGACCAGCUGCAGGGCAACCGAAGGGCGCUGCUGGGAGCGCUGCACGGCCUUGCCCAGGGUGCCUGCUGCGGCUGGCUGGUCUCUGCCGGUGCGGUGGUGUGCAGAGCUCUACAGACCGCAUCUGCUGCUGAAGAACCCGAGCCGCCAGAGCCAGGGCCUCCGGGUGUAAUGGUGCUGCCCCAAAGUCUGGCGCAAGAGGAUUUGGAGCCGCCAAGGUUCGACCCCGAGUUCGCCUUCAAAGAGUCCGAGUUUUCGCGCGAGAUCUUCGAAGUUGAGCCAGUGGAAUCUUCGGCGGUGUUCGACUCGGAUUCCCUGACGCAGUUGUCAGUGAGGCAGCUCAGGAAGCGCAUCCGCGAGCGAGGCUUGUCCGACAAUGGCCUGGUGGAAAAGUCUGAGUUGGUCGACUUGCUAAGGCGCACAGAGUUUACCGGGCGCGCAGAGGGCACCGAGCAUGCCGAGGCUGAGACGAGUGAGAGUCCAGGAGGCGCGACGAAUGCCAGCUGCUCGCCGGAGAGGCCGGGAGACGAUCUUUUGGCGACCUUUGGCUGAAAGAGAAAAGGGCAGCAUGGAGUGCU